GCCCUCUCCCUGCUCCUGCCCAUAAUUCCUCAGCAGCAGCUCUGCCAGGCCUCAGGCCCCUGAGCGGCUCAGAUGCCUCAGGGCUGCUUCUGCUCCAAGUGAGCAUCUGGAGAGAGCAGACUCGAGAGUGAGGUGACCAGGACUGAGGGUGAGGGCAUACAGGUGGGCACAGAGAUGCCAUGGAGAAAGGACUCAUUGCGGAAGCAGCUUUGAAGCUGGGCUUUGUAUGAUGGAAAGAAGUUCACCGCAGGGAGUUUGCAUGACCAACUGCCCCACGCUCAUUGUCAUGGUGGGCCUGCCUGCCAGGGGCAAGACCUACAUAUCUAAGAAGCUGACUCGAUACCUCAACUGGAUUGGUGUACCCACUCGGGAAUUCAACGUUGGCCAGUAUCGCCGGGACAUGGUCAAGACGUACAGAUCAUUUGAGUUUUUCCUCCCAGACAACGAAGAGGGCCUGAAAAUAAGGAAACAGUGUGCCCUGGCAGCCCUCUGUGAUGUCCGGCGGUUCCUUAGUGAGGAAGGGGGACAUGUGGCGGUUUUUGAUGCAACGAAUACCACCCGAGAACGGAGAGCGACCAUCUUUAAUUUUGGGGAACAGAACGGCUACAAGACCUUUUUUGUCGAGUCCAUCUGUGUGGAUCCUGAGGUAAUAGCUGCCAACAUCGUGCAAGUGAAACUGGGCAGCCCUGACUAUGUGAACCGAGACAGUGACGAGGCCACGGAGGAUUUCAUGAGGCGCAUCGAGUGCUAUGAGAACUCAUAUGAGUCGCUAGAUGAGGACCUGGACAGGGAUCUGUCCUAUAUCAAGAUCAUGGAUGUGGGCCAGAGCUACGUGGUGAACCGUGUGGCUGACCACAUCCAGAGCCGCAUUGUAUAUUACCUCAUGAACAUCCACGUGACCCCCCGCUCCAUCUACCUCUGCCGGCAUGGGGAGAGUGAGCUCAACCUCAAAGGCCGGAUCGGCGGGGACCCAGGACUAUCCCCCCGGGGCAGGGAGUUUGCCAAGAGUCUGGCCAAGUUCAUCAGUGACCAGAACAUCAAGGAACUGAAGGUCUGGACAAGCCAGAUGAAGAGGACAAUCCAGACGGCUGAGGCACUGGGUGUGCCCUACGAGCAGUGGAAGGUCCUCAACGAGAUCGAUGCGAAUGUAUGGAUGUGGAUUCUGAUUAGUGACAUAUUUAAAAGAGCUCGCCAGGGUGUGUGUGAGGAAAUGACCUACGAGGAAAUUCAGGAUCAUUAUCCACUGGAGUUCGCCCUGCGGGACCAGGACAAGUACCGGUACCGGUACCCCAAGGGAGAGUCCUACGAGGACCUGGUCCAGCGACUGGAGCCUGUCAUCAUGGAGCUGGAGAGGCAAGAGAAUGUGCUAGUCGUCUGCCACCAGGCAGUGAUGCGCUGUCUCCUGGCCUACUUCCUGGACAAGACGGCAGAACAGCUGCCCUACCUCAAGUGCCCGCUGCACACCGUCCUGAAGCUGACCCCUGUGGCUUAUGAAUGUAGACAUCUCAAGACCUCCGGAGGAAGCCCUUGUCACAGUCCCUGCUCACCAGUGACCGUGGCAUCCACCGCAACCCCCGGUCUGUGUGACAGUCACCAUGCAGGAACCUUCUUGAAGCCAUGUGUGGCUGGUGGUGCCCAGAGCCCUGCCCCAGCCCACCUCUUUGUUGACCGUGACAAGGUUGUACGUGGUUCCUGACCUGCUGCUAAGAAUCACUCGGCCAGACUGCAUGUGCACAGGCUGCUGGGAGCUCGCCCGGCACCACGUCCUUCUGUUGCAGCUCUUAGGUGUUCUCGCUCACCAGGUCGGCUGGCUUUGUGAAGUGUGAAACCCUAAAAUGUGAAACAGAAAGUGCUUGCUGUGAUGUUCCCACUGGGGACCUGCUGCCUGGGGUGGAUCUGGCGACCCCCUGCGGGACCUCUACUGUCUUCUCUGUGCCCACUUCAUGAGCCAGAGGCCAGGUCUUCAUGAGACCCUGAGCUUCUUCUGCCCCUGGUGAGAGGGACAGCCUUUCCCCAGCCUUCCCCAACAGGGACAAAGAACGCCAGCCAAGGCAGACGCCUCCUGGGCAGCCACUGGCCAGGCCGAGUGCCCAUGUGACUGUAUCUGUGGGCACUUGCAAAAGCAGCGUGCGUGCUUCAGCACAUCCUGAUGCACAAACAUGUGGAGAGGGGGGUUUGUGGUCACCCCUCCCCAACUGUGCAAGCACUGGAAAACCUGGGGGAGCUGGUGGCUAGGGCCUGCCUUCCGGGCUGCUCUCACGUGAAACCACCUAAAGACAGGGCAGCUGUGCGAGUGACCUUCCUGGUGCACACACCGAAGUGCUCAAGGGGGAGGCUGCCAUCCCCUCGCCGCUCCCUGGCUGUGCACGCUGGCCUCUGGGGAGGAGGUGGCCUCUCGCCUGCUGCUGCCUGUGUCCAUGCAGGAGUGUACACUGGUGGCAGAGACGUGCAUUUGCCAUAAAUGAUUCAGAUAAACUUGUUGUGAUCCUGUAACACCUGUUCUCUGUUGUUGACCUCUACCUGUGGGCCUGAGGAAGGGAGAAGGCAACCUGGAGGCAGCCCCAGGGCCAGGGAGGAUCUUCCCAGCCACAUCACAGCUUUGGUUCAUGUGCAUGUGAAGCUGGUGAAAAUGGCCUCAUGAAGUCAGGCAUCUGUCAUGCCCCUGAGUUCUGGGGCAGUCUAGGGAGUGGGUUCUGGCUACAUUUUAUAGCUGGCAAACAGACUGGCCAGCAAGUAGUGGGGCUGGGUCAGAGAGUCUGGACUUCUAGUUUGGUGCCCUGUUACCCACAGUGGACUUCGGUGAAGCCACACCCCUGGAUCCUAAACCCACUUUGUACCCAGAACCUUCCUGGCCUGCGCCUGGCAGAGCGGCCCCCUUUUCUACCCCGCCAGGGCUUUGCAUCCUGCAGGCACCAUCUGCCCCUGAGAGAAAUUAGCAUCCCUGGCUCCAGCUGGUGGCUUCUGAUUCCCGUGUGCUGCGGCAGCUGUGAGCAAAUACAGGUGGAGAGAUGUCAGGUGGAAUUGGGGCAGGAUCCUCCUUCUGGACCUGUGUCCUGUUGGAGCCCCAAGCCCUUUAGACUCAGGGCCAGAGGACCAUACCACUGCCUUUGGGACAUGGGGACCGAAGCCUUUGCUUCUGUGUCUGCUGGAGUUUUGGUAACUUUCUCACCUGGACAUGCUUAUUUGUUAGCCAUGGUGGGUCCCUUUGGCAUGUACAUCUGGAUGUCACCUGAGGUGAGACCACCAAGGCCUUCUCCCUCUGUGUGCAAAGGGAAGGCAGGAGCUGCUGGACUGGAUGCAUUACAGGGACUGGGGACAGGGCACGGGUAGGGUGGUCUCUGCAUGGGCAGCGGCAUGCCUGGUUGGCUGCCAGGUUUCCGCUGUGCUGGCUGACCUGCCCGUGUUGCAUAUGGUCUCCUGCUCUCCCUAGAAUGGACAGUAUUGGAUCUCAGCCACACCUAGCACUGUGUCCAGCAUUCUUUGCAAUAAAAAAACUAAUAACUUGA